AUAUAUAUAUAUAUCACCUUCUACAGCAGUAUCAUGAUAUAUAUAUAUAUCACCUUCUACAGCAGUAUCGUGAUAUAUAUCACCUUCUACAGCAGUAUUGUGAUAUAUAUAUAUAUCACCUUCUACAGCAGUAUCAUGAUAUAUAUAUAUAUCACCUUCUACAGCAGUAUCGUGAUAUAUAUCACCUUCUACAGCAGUAUCGUGAUAUAUAUCACCUUCUACAGCAGUAUCAUGAUAUAUAUAUAUAUCACCUUCUACAGCAGUAUCGUGAUAUAUAUCACCUUCUACAGCAGUAUCGUGAUUUAUAUCACCUUCUACAACAGUAUCAUGAUAUAUAUCACCUUCUACAGCAGUAUCAUGAUAUAUAUCACCUUCUACAGCAGUAUCGUGAUAUAUAUCACCUUCUACAGCAGUAUCAUGAUAUAUAUCACCUUCUACAGCAGUAUCGUGAUAUAUAUCACCUUCUACAGCAGUAUCAUGAUAUAUAUCACCUUCUACAGCAGUAUCGCGAUAUACAGUAUCACAAUAAACAUGAUAUACAGCAGUAUCACAAUAUACAUAUCACAAUAUACAGCAGUAUUGUGA